CCAAGGGGCUUCAAGGAUAGGCCUCAGGGCCAAACCCCCAAACCUCCAGGCCUCGGACCCCUGGGGGUGCCCAGGGGUGGGCCCAGGGUUAAGCCCGUCCAACCCAAGGGGCUUCAAAGAUAGGCCUCAGGGCCGAGCCCCCAAACCUCCAGGCCUCGGACCCCUGGGGGUGCCCAGGAGGCACCCAGGGGUCCCCCCAGGGUCAGACGGGCAGGGGGUGCCCGCCCGGCUGGGUGUUAGGCGGGCAGCGAACACGGAGCCCUGAGCCGGGAGGAGAUCCAGCCCCAAGGACCCCGACCUCCCCGCCCGGACCCUCCCAGAUGGGAGGGGCCCUGAGGAAGAUAGGGUGGUGGGCCUGGGGCCGGGGCCGGAGUCCGGUUGUGGCGGCGCUGGCCCCGGCGGGCCGCGUCCGGAGGAAGCGUCCGUGGUGGGCCGUGGACCGGCUGGGCGACACGAGGAUCCGGUUGAAGCGCCACAGGCCGCCCCCAGCCCCCGCCGCCGCCGUUCAGCCCGAGGACCUGGAUGCUUUCUAUCGGCUCUUGGGUAGGAGAGGGCAGGCCGGCACCAGGCCGGGCCUGGCUCCUGCCCCCGCGCCCCCCGGGGAGGAGGCCCGGCGACGGGGAUCCCGUCGUGCAGCGGUGCCUCGACCUGGACCGCGAGUUCCGGGUGUCCGACAAGUUCCUGCUGUCCAUGGUGGUGGCCUACUUCAGCCGCGUUGGGCUCCCCGCCGAUUCCUACACCCGGAUACACUUCUUCCUGGCCCUCUUCAUCGCCUGCGACAUGGAGGAGGACGACCUGGAGUCCAAAUGGGAGAUACUCCGCGUGCUCUUCGGCAGAGCGGCCGCCCAGGACCUCGACCGGGACUUCCUGCGGCUGAGAUCCAGGCCCAGGAUCCCUCUCACUGGGCUUGGGCCCGAGACCGGACCCUCCUCCAGGAAGCCCGUGGGAUUGGUGAGAGGAAGCGAGUCAGAAGGAAAGGAUCCAAACAUCGAGGAGCCCAGCCUCCAACCCGCGUAGCCACACCCAGGCCCCAGACCGGACCGCGGGCCGCCCGGGAGAAGACUGGCUGGGACCCUCCUCCCUCUCCCCGGGGCCACAGGGCUCCCUGGGAGCCAGGCCGGGUCAUCCCGAGCCCUCCCCAAGCCAGGAGGCUGCGGCACCCACCACUGCGGACCUCAAGUCACCUGUCCCCGAGCGCCAUCCGUCAGAGCGGCGACGUCCAUCACAGCGGAGGCGGCGUCCAUCCCAGCAGGGCCGGCCCCUGUAGGCUCCGGCCCCGUCCAUCCGCCCAGGGGAAGGAGGAAACGGGGUCACCCCCGGCUGGGCCGGGGUCCGGUCCCGAGCGGGAGGCGGCCCGGCGACACAGAUGGGCAUCUGGGGGAGAGGCCGGUGCGGGGUCCCCGACUCGCUUCAAGCCACGGAGACCCCCUUCUAGGAGUCGGGGGGGUCCUAGAAGAAUUGUAAACUGAGCCAGGGGCCCUCUGGGGCAGGGAUCAGCCGACUGGGGUUCGGGCAGGGAGCAGCGGUGGGACACCCGAUGUGACCCAUCGUCCCUCGUGAGUCGAUCCCAGGGCCAAAGGCCGAACCCAAUCUCUCCUGUCCGUCGGCGACGCUGGCCGCCCUUCCCCAGUUUUCACUUCAAGCAUCGUCCGGUAGAUCCAAGAGGACCCCACUGGUGGGGAAAUUAAUCCACGAGUCCGUGUGUGGAUGCAUAAGCCAAUCCAUGUCUCUCUCCCUCCUUAUUCUGAAGCCACCCUGACCCAAUCAGGACAGGCACCCUGAAAACAAAACCAAAAGACACCCUUCCCACAUCCUGGAGAUUCCCUCCUAGAAUGAAUCCCACCUCUUCCAACUGUCCCGGAUCAUUUCCCAACGCCCUACCGCCCACUUCUCUCCGCACUCGGUUCGAUCCUCAGCCUUUAUUUAUAGACGGGAUGGCUCAUUCACGUAUCUAUUCCGAUUACCCCAUUGGUAAAUAUUUGUAAGUCACCUAUUUUACCGAGAGCUCACUGUGGGGGUUUUAUUUUUCCAAAUUCCACCAUAUAGGAAGGAGUCCUAGGAUCACACGCCAUUCCAGCUAGGGCAGUUUGUGUAGCUGGGUACGGGCCAGACGGAGUAGCGGUGAGCUUCAGCCGCUCUGGGGCCUGGCGUGGGGUGCCAUCGGUAAACAUUA